AUGAUGAAGAAGCAAAGCCCCGACAGGAAGACAAACAUCAUAGGAACAUUGGGAUACAUUGCACCUGAAUAUCUCUCCACUAAGGCCGGUUUGUAUGGAGAACUUGAGGAAGGUGAGAAGAUAGUUCUUGAGGAUCAUUUUUUCGCUGAGGAACACUGUAUCACUCGCUUUGUGAAAUUCGCACUUGAAAAACGUUGA